AGCAUAAUUAAAAACUAGCAAGAAAAACAACAAAGAAUAAUGAUUUUGUGCAACACAAAUUAAAUAUAUAUUUAAUUACAGCAAAUGCAAUUGUGUUCAAUCUCAAUCAAAACUAAAUCCGUAAAGCUGUAUCCAACAAUCAGCUCACAUACAGAGAAAGCUACAUAAUUCAAUUACAGGGACAAACAGACAAGCUGACAACUGUGCAAUACGCCCCCCACUCACCACUCAACAGUCGAUUCUGACCCGGAAAUACGAGCGAUACGCUUAAGUGCCUUCUGUGGAGGCUACUGCACCCACCAAGCCAGCAAGUUGAACAGCGUUGAAAAUGCAUUUGAGUGCGGAUCUGUCAAGUGCGUUGCAGCAAAUCGAGGCCGUGAAGAAGGGCAUCGAUGAGUCGGAGGAUGUCAAGCUGCAAAUGCAAACGGCGGACAGUUUGAAUACGAUACUGGGCAUAUUAACGGAUCCGGUCUUUCGCACAAUUGCCCAUGUGCAGGAGUCGCUCUAUGAGCUGGGCAUCCAGCUCGGCCAACAUCCGUCCAUGCUGCCUAAUGACUUUGACAUCGAUGUUUCUGGGAAUCUAGUGCUUAGCCUCAAUGGUGGCGAUGUUAUGUAUGAUUCGUCGGCUCCGCCCAGUCCCGACAAGUCUACGUCCACGGGUGAGGUGGAGCCGCGUCCACAGAGCCAGAACUCCAAGUCAGCUGCCGCCGAUUUAUAUGCAACGGAUUACGCUCAAAUCCAGGCCAUUGAGCUGGUCAACGAUGGCACUGGUUUGGGCUUUGGCAUUAUUGGGGCACGCAACUCGGGCGUCAUUGUGAAGACCAUCUUGCAGGGUGGCGUGGCGGAUCGUGAUGGACGACUGCGUUCCGGCGAUCACAUUUUGCAGAUCGGCGAUGUUAAUCUGCACGAGAUGGUGUCCGAGCAGGUGGCCGCAGUCCUCAGGCAAUCGGGCACGCAUGUCCGGCUCGUCGUGGUGCGACCCAUCGAGCAGAGUAUGCCGACGCCACAAUAUGCCCUGGAGCCGGGCAGUGCUGUGGUGCCCACGCGCGUUCUCGUUGAUCCUGCCGAGCUAGAACGCUAUCUCAUCUCCACCGGCUAUCCGGAGAUCUUUGGCGAGAGCUCAACUGCAUCGACGCCACAAACGACGACGGAGGAUGAUCGUUUCAUUUAUCGCGGCGAGACUUCGCUGCUCAUCGAUCCCAGCAUUGAUUUGGAGGAGCUACUGGCACUGCCUGAGACCGAGAAGCUUCAGGUGGAGCUCAAGAAGGAUGCCAACGGACUGGGCAUCACCAUCGCCGGCUAUGUCUGCGAGAAGGAGGAACUCUCGGGCAUUUUUGUGAAGAGCGUUUCGCCUGGUUCCGCUGCGGAUUUGAGUGGACGGAUUCGUGUCAACGAUCGCAUUAUCGAAGUCGAUGGCCAGUCGCUGCAAGGCUACUCCAAUCAUCAGGCUGUCGAGCUGCUCAAGAAGUCUGGCCAGGUGGUCAAUCUGCGUCUCGAGCGCUACUUGCGCGGACCCAAAUAUGAGCAGCUGCAGCAGGCGAUUGCCGCCAAUGCCAACGAGAAGCCGCCCACCAGCACACCAGGCACUCCAUCGCGCGCACCCCUUCCCACGCCCCCGGCGUCAACGUCAGCGGCAAGCACUUCGACUGCCACGACCACCAGGGAACUGGAGCUGGAUGAAACACUGCCUGCACCGGAACCUUUUAUGAUGACAACACCACCGUCGAGCUCCUUGGCAACGACAACAACGCUGAGCAGCUUUGGCGCCGGGAAACAACUGGUUGCGGUCAGGGAUUCGCUCGAAGGAACACCCACGAUCAUACCCACAGAUGUGGUAAUGCAGCUGGCCGAUAAACAAGAGGCGAAGAAUGCCGGUUUGAUUACACGCCACAAGUACUACACAGAUCCGGAUCUGAGUGAGGAGAUCGAGUUGGAGAUUGUGCGCAAGUGGCAAAAGAUUGUUGGCGCCGACAUGGAGGUGAUUGUGGCCCAGAUCAAGAAGUUCGCCGUCGGCGGUUUGGGCAUCUCGCUCGAGGGCACCGUCGAUGUGGAGGGCGGACGCGAAGUGCGUCCACAUCACUAUAUACGCUCCAUUCUACCGGAUGGCCCCGUUGGCGUCAAUGGUGUUCUUCGCUCGGGCGAUGAGCUUCUCGAGGUGAACGGGGAACGUUUGCUGGGCAUGAAUCAUUUAGAAGUGGUGGCCAUAUUAAAGGAGCUGCCACUAGAUGUGCGCAUGGUGUGCGGACGCAGCAAGGUCACCUCACUGCUGCCCUUCUCCGACGAUACGCUCAAGAAGCUGAGCAGCAACAACUUUGAGAAUCUACUGCCGGCCACCGAUCGACUGGUGAAGGCCAAAUCCGAUGGCAGCUUGGCCACAGCCGGUUCGGUCGCCGAUGCCGAUUCGGUGGCCGUUGCGGCCAAUUCGUUCAAUAAACUGAAAUCUCGCUCACUGGAGCCGCUCACCGGACUGGCCAUGUGGUCGUCGCAGCCCCAGAUCAUUGAGCUGCUGAAGGGUGAUCGAGGCCUGGGCUUCUCCAUACUCGACUAUCAGGAUCCGUUGGACUCGAACGAUACGCUAAUUGUAAUACGCUCCUUGGUGCCCGGUGGCGUUGCCCAACUGGAUGGCAGGCUGAUACCCGGCGAUCGUCUGCUUUUUGUCAACUCAAUCAAUUUAGAGAACGCUUCGCUGGAUCAGGCGGUGCAGGCGUUGAAGGGUGCACCCAAGGGUGUAGUUCGCAUUGGUGUUGCCAAGCCGCUGCCCAUGACGGAUAAUUCGCUGAAGGCGUGCAGCAAUACGAGCACCACCAGCGAGGACACCCUCGAUGCCCAGCAAUCACCUCCAGCGCUGCCCACCACCGCAGCUCCACCGACCGCGGCCAAAGGCGCUGAGCCCGAUUUGAUACCCGACUGGCGCAAUUAACCGUCGAAAUAUAUUUCUGUUAUUAUAUUUACAUAAGGAUUGGCAUGCAAAUAGUUUGUUAUCCGUUUCUAUUUUCAUUUUUUUUUUGUAGAAGCACCACAAUGUGUUGACCAGUCUUGUCUUCAUUCCGGACAGCUGCAUUCCCAAUAUACGCAAUAUUUUACAUUCCUCCCCUUCCCCCUAGUAUUAGUGUGUAUGUGAAUUUAAUGUACUUAAAGCUAAAUAAAUUAUGCAAAAUCGUUUACAAUUAAUAAUGUAAA